GAAAUGGAGCCCAAACUGCUGAGGAGUAUGCUGACGGGUCUCGCCAGCACAUCACGUUUGGCAGCUGAGCUAUUCCUUAAGAUCCAAAGUGAUGAGGAGUCCGAUGAUGAUAGCAAGUCACCUGACACGUACGACACGAAAUUGCUUCUGGCAUUCACGGAAAUGCUCAGCACCGUGGAACGCCGCUUUUGGGCUCAGGAAACAAGCACUGAGUGGUGGGAUCACAUCGUCAUGGAAGUCUGGGAUGACGAGCAGUGGCUGCAGAACUUUCGGAUGAGAAAAGCCACUUUCAUGGGACUGUGUGCUGAGCUCGCCCUCAACCUGCGACGCAAGGACACGAGAUUAGGAGCUGCCCUGCCGGUGGAGAAGCAGGUGGCUAUUCUAAUCUGGAAGCUGGCAACUCCAGACAGCUACCGAUCGGUCGGGAACCAGUUUGGAGUGGGAAAGUCGACCAUUGGAAUCGUUUUGAUGCAAGUUUGCAGGGCCAUUAAUCUCAUCCUGCUAAGAAGAACCGUGACUCUGGGGAACAUGCAGGAAAUUGUGGAUGGCUUUGCACAAAUGGGUUUCCCUAACUGUGGAGGGGCGAUAGAUGGGACGCAUAGUCCUAUUCUGGCACCACCCCACCUAGCAUCCGAGAGUUGAUCCUGGAAGAUAUCUUGCUGCUGCGGGUCACCUGGGAAGAGCGGGAGGGUCUUCUACAGCAAUGCGGAUUCCACCCUGGCCCCUAUGCAGCUUGCCUGUGUGCAGCAAUGGUCCCCCCACUGCUCGUGGCACAGUGGCACGGAUGUGUUAGCCUGACUGGGACAAGGACCAC